AUGAGGUCGACCGGAACAGGCGUCGUGGUGCUCUCGUGCUCCGAUCCACCCUUCAAUCUAUAUCAAAUCUUGGGGAUCGAUGCAACCUUAAAAGUUACCAUGGUCUGCAACGCUGGCGGCAGAGCAUUUGACGCCAUUCGCACUUUAUCAGUCUUACAGACCAUCGGAAACCCGGGCACAAUCAUUGUUAUGCAUCACACCGAUAUCAAGAGGGCCCUGCUCGAGUUGAAUCCCGAAGCUAAUGAGCUAAUUGAAUCUUCCAAAUUCGGGGAGAUUACUACCGGGAUGGAUGAGAGUAUUAGAGCUGAUAUCGCAUUUCUGAAAGCAUCUCCGCUGGUCAAGAACACCACUCAGAUUGUUGGCCUGGCGUACGACAUCGAAAGCGGGGUGCUGAGGGAAGUUGAUGUCAAGGAAAAUAGGCUCCGAAUGAGCUUCUGGUACCUUAUGCCUAUAUCUAACGAGGACCGUACCUUAAGCACCAAACACGGCGACAACCAUAUGUGA